CAGAGAGGGUUUGGUGGAAUGGGGAGAUGGUUAAUCACAUUUUUUAUGGUGCCCUCUUGCAAAUAGUGUGGAGGCUCGUCAGGAAGGUAGAAGGUCGUAAAUUUCAUCACAUUACCUCGAGCUACAUAUCUGGUUAAAGUCAUAUCCUACAAGGAAAGCGCGAAAUGAAUGCUAUGGUCUCUAUGGAGUAGAUUUCUCCCUUGCUGCUGCUUAAGAUAAGGUUCCAUUGUUUGUGUCUCCCUCCAUCAAAGAAUUAUCAAUCAAAACCCCAAAUCUCCUUCGCGAGCUGUGGCCAACACUCACUCACACACGCUUCCUUCGUCUCCCUCGAGCAGCAGGUAGCGCGCGACCGAAGAAAGAAAUCUGAUUCUUCCCCUCUGUAUCGUCUCUUCAUCAAUCAAAACCAACGCCAAAGAAGCUUUCCUUUUCAUUUCUUUGAACAAAGAUUCAAUCUUUCUCUGGAGCCCUCCAUCCCGCCGGUCUCAAUCUAAUCGAUUCCGGAAUUUGGCCCCUCCCAUUGAGACCCAAUGACCGCGACUGCUCUGCAAACCUCGCUUUUACUCAAGCCGCUCUCUUUCUCGUCCUCUUUCCCUUCGCCCUCCCAGAGCCGCCUUGGAGCUGUUUCUUUGAAGCAGCAUCGGUUUUCUCGCCAGCUCAGAUUGACCCUCAGCUGCACUGUGCGUCCCCGCAGUGUGAAUUCUUCGCGUGAAGAGCCAGAAGUUACUGAGUUGAGAAUCGGAGAUGGAGGGGACGGCAGAAUUUUGGACAAAAUUGACCAGAGUGGGGCGGAGGUGGGGAGUAUUGGCUCCAUGGAAGUGCAAGAAGAGGUAAAACCAGAGGGUUUAGUUGAGAAAGCAAAGAGGCUUCCGGUUGUGGUGUUCUUAUUGGGAUUGGUUGCUGGGAUUAAGAAAGGGUUGCUGUGGAUUUUACCGACUGAGCUUUUCGAUUGGGUGCUAAUGUGGAAGCAUGAAAAGAGAAUGCAGUUGUUGAUAGCAGAUGCUGAUGCUAACCCCAAUGAUGCGAAUAAGCAGAGUGCAUUGUUAUCUGAGCUGAAUAAGGACAGCCCGGAGUUAGUCAUCAACCGAUUUGAAGAUAGGGCUUAUGCGGUAGACAGUAGAGGAGUUGCAGAAUAUCUCCGAGCUCUUGUGGCCACUAAUGCUAUUGCUGAGUUUCUACCAGAUGAGGAUUCUGGAAAGCCUUCUACUCUUCCUUCCUUGUUACAAGAGUUGAAACAACGUGCCUUAGGGAAUUUGGAUGAUCCAAUCUUGAACCCUGGGGUUUCUCAGAGGCAGCCAUUACAUGUUGUCGUGGUUGAUCCUAAGGAGUCAAAAAAAUCACCACGUUUUAUUAAUGAGCUUCUCUCCACUUCCGUGUUUGCACUUGCUGUUGCUUUGCUAUGGUAUACGGCUAGUGCCGCUCAAAAAUAUAUUGGUAGUAUAGGCGGUGUAGGUGCUUCAGGUGCUGGUUCAAGUUCAUCUUUUUCCCCUAAAGAGUCAAAUAAGGAAAUCAAGCCUGAAAAGAAUGUCAAAACAUUCAAAGAUGUCAAAGGCUGUGAUGAUGCCAAAAAGGAGCUCGAGGAGGUUGUCGAAUACCUUAAAAAUCCCACUAAGUUCACAAGGCUUGGGGGGAAAUUGCCCAAGGGCAUUCUUUUGACUGGAUCACCUGGAACAGGAAAAACUUUACUGGCAAAAGCAAUUGCUGGAGAAGCGGGGGUUCCUUUCUUCUAUAAAGCAGGCUCUGAGUUUGAAGAGAUGUUUGUGGGAGUUGGUGCACGUCGUGUUAGAUCGUUAUUUCAAGCAGCUAAGAAGAAGGCUCCUUGCAUAAUUUUCAUUGAUGAAAUUGAUGCCAUCGGGUCAACUCGGAAGCAAUGGGAGGGUCACACCAAGAAGACGCUGCAUCAAUUACUAGUUGAAAUGGAUGGUUUUGAACAGAAUGAGGGUAUUAUCUUGAUGGCUGCAACAAACUUGCCGGAUAUACUUGACCCAGCUUUAACCAGGCCGGGUAGAUUCGACAAACAUAUUGUUGUUCCAAAUCCAGAUGUUCGAGGUCGUCAAGAAAUACUAGAACUCUACUUAAAGAACAAACCUGUUGAUGUUGAUGUUGAUGCAAAUGCUAUUGCUCGUGGAACACCAGGCUUCAAUGGGGCAGAUCUUGCAAACCUGGUGAAUAUAGCUGCUAUUAAGGCUGCUGUUGAAGGUGCUGAGAAGUUAACUGCUUCACAGAUGGAGUUCGCAAAAGACCGGAUAAUGAUGGGUACAGAGCGGAAGACUAUGUUUCUAUCUGAAGAGUCCAAGAAGNAAUUUUUUACAAACUAACAAAUUUACUUAUUUACAGGGACCAGAAUAAAAAAGGGUAUUUUUU